AUGGCUGGGCGGUAUUUUGUGCGGACGUGGUUAACGACUGUCCUGACGGUUGCCGUGCUGACAACAGAGGCGUACACACAGGUUGACCUCUUCUCUUGCCAGCAACGGUCUAAGAGAGCAGUACAGAACAGGGGGAGACACGGGCGAAGCGGUCAUGGGGCGUUCGGUUACCCCCUCCAACAACAGGAGUGCGGUGACUUCAAGCCUAUUGAAGACGCCCCCAUACUCCCUGUACCACACCUGGCAGUUGAACGGAUAUCGACGGAGGACGACUCACCAGCAAAGCUCGACCGGGUCAAGAUAAAGUGGUGCACACCCAGAACAGGUUAUGGACGCGUGACAGGCUUCGAAAUCAGCAUAGAGUCUGCAGGGAGAGGUUGCUGCGCAUGCGAAGGGUAUUCAGACUCGUGUCGGCAACUUCUUCUCAACAGAACGUUGGACGCAGACGACGCCAUAAGUGAGAACUAUUUUGAGUACAUAGCUGACCUGCCCACCGGGCUGACGUACAGGAUUACCGCGAGGCCUCUCCCGGGACAGACCAUGAAGGGAUUCCAACAAGAAACCGCGGACUAUGUAGCAAGGAAAUGCGAGUCUUUGGAGGAGCGACGAAAAUUAUGGAAGCCACCUCCAGUCCAGAUCGUGAAAACUGUUGGACGGAACGUCACCGUGAAAAUCUUCCUGGCUCCCGAAGAGUUGGAGAUUGCCGAGUACGAGCUCUGGUGGACGUGUGGACCAGAUCAGCAAACUGAAGAACCCAUCAAAGUGGACGCCAGCAAUACAAACGGCGCUACAUUGAACACGACUCUCUACCAUCUACCUCCGGGGACUUGUGAUAUUUGGGUUGAAGCUGCCAUAAGUGAUCCGAUCCGGAGCAACACGAGUUUUAACAUAACAGACUGGACCCCAGCCAACCUCACGGCCCACUACGACGGUACGGAAGUCUCUGUAACAUUCCGUGCAGCUCCGCCUGAGUACGACUUCCCGGAGUACCGGAUCUGUCUGGUUAACACCAGCACAUCCGACAGUAGAGCCUCCGAACCAAUAAGAUGCAACCCCCUGAUCAGCACAAAGGACAGCAGUGGCGUGAUCACGGCGGUGUUUAAGGACGCCAAACCGCUGCGAACCAGGAGGUUUUACGCAGUGAAGGUUUCAGCUCCGUACCAGGAUAGCCAGUGGACCCAAGUGUCUGCUAAUGCUGUACAUCCAUCACAACAUCACUCCACACGUCACCUUGUCCUGGCCGUUACACUGGCAGUGGUGGUUGGGCUCGCCCUUCUCGGGGCGCUGUACUACAUAUACCGGCAACGGAAGGAACUUCCUCGCACUAACAUCUUUGUGCUGCCGAGGCCAGGCGAGUCGGGUUCUGAGCCGGUGUGUCCUGAACGUACACCAACACUGUUUCUGCUGUAUUCAUAUGACUGUCCGGAGCAUUUCAGGGUGGUUGAAUGCAGUGCUACCUUCCUGCAAAAGAUGGGCUUCCCUGUGAUUUUGGACAUGUGGUGCACCAACCAGAUCGGUUGUGUGGGGAAAACCGACUGGGUCUAUGAGCACAUGGACAAGGCCGAUUUCGUCAUCGUCAUCUGUUCCCGUGGAGCGCGGCACAAGAUGGAAGGCAAGAACGACCCGCCGCUACAGGAGGGAUACCUGGGGGACAUGUUCACGCCAUGGGCCAAAGAGAUAGGUUCACGUAUCCACUCAGACGACGCGCUGAGCAGCGGGUCCCGGCAGAAGUACGUGGUCGCCUACUUCAGCUACUCGUCGGCGGAAGACGUACCCAGGGUCCUGCGCGCCUCCCAGCCGCACUACCGGCUGAUGAAGCACAUGCCGGAACUCUUCUGUCACCUGCUGGGGAUAGAGAGGAGAGGGCCCAGGGGAACAGCCAUUAUUACAGGCUUGGAGACGGAGGAGGGCCAGAAGCUGGUCGAGGCGAUAGACGCGAUGCAGAAAAUCUGCGACCAGAAGCCCGACUGGCUGUUCCAGAGAAACGACGGUCCAGCCCCUGAUGUAAUCGAUGCUGUUACAUCAUCUGCUUCACCAGAAGAAAUACCGCUGCUGCCAACACCCUCGGAGAGUAGCGUGGAGACGGAAAACUCCACACCUCCAGUCGGUGAUGCACAGGGUGAGGGGGAUGCACAGCCUCUCCUUAGUAAUGGAGCUACAAACGCAGUGGAUGGACAACAGGAUGACUCCCGCGUAGAAGUUUGUCCACCAGAGGAUGUGUCGGUAGUGACGGGCAAGGUUGAACCGACAGCAGCAGGCACGGGUACUAUAGAGACUGUACGAGAGCACAGAGAGGAUGAUCCUGAGAGCGGAAUUCACACUGCCAGCGAAACCAGCAUGGAAGGACCUACCAGUACCUUAGCACAGGUACGACCAUCACCAGCAUCAGCCGCCUCCGCACCGCAAGUACAGUACCCUGAGUAUGGGGCUACGGCGCAGGGUGGGACUUCUUACGGUAACAAUCCAGAGGCAGCCACCCAAUUUAACUACUACACCAGCCCAUGGCCAACUAUGGAUCCCAAUAUGGCCCAACACUAUGGCCCUGGCAAUAUCUAUGGAAAUCCGAUGUACGUUCGCAGCCCUUCGUACGACCAGCAACCUUACAUGUACAACGUCGAGCCAGGUAACGUUCCUGCACACGCAUAUCGGCCCGGCGCCUCCCCAUACAGAGACGGAUCGCAUCAUAACAGCGAUGAGCAGCUCGACAGCGGGAUCUUCAUGGCAGAGAUAGAGGAAGAGCUGAGGCGCCACAAUCAACUCGUGUCGGACAGUAUGCCGCCUGAAUAUUAGUUCAGUUAACAUCCUUGUCAAUUAGACUUUGCUCGCUUUGAUUCUUAGCUAAAUUGGUCAUUUGUUUCAGGAAAAAGGGCCAUAUGCUGCUGAAUAUUAUACUUAAUACUAAACAUGUGUGAUUCUAUAUGAUAAUGUGGUACAUGUUUAUUCUUAAGAUGUUCCUGACAGACGAAAUAUGAAUAUGAAAAGGUGGAAAACAAAUGUCCAGUAAAUAUACAGUAAAUAUAUACAUUUUGUGCUUACGAAGUAUACAAGAACUGCAGCUUGUUUAAUAUAUAUAUAUAAUAUAUCCAUCAAUUGUCAAUUAUGGUAUUGUAGGAAAGAUACAAUCUAUUAUUUUGUGACGAAAAUGACUUUACGUUGGAAUUCUCCUUUUAAAAAGGAUACAGAGAAUAUAUUCUUUGUGUGGGAAUAAAAUAUGGGCAAGUAUUAGGGGUAAAAUUAUACAUUCAAGUUAAAGUCCAGUAUUUACUUUUUCAAGGUAUGGAGUGGUUCAUUCCUUUGAGGGAAACUUCUUGUGGAUUCAAAAGCAAUGUAUUUGUCUUGGGUCUUGUGGAGCUCAUUUCUGGUACCAAAGAACAGUUGGAAAUUCGAAUCUUGGUUUAUCCGUUUGUCUAUAAUGUCUAUAUUACAUCAAAUAAAAAUUUCUGAGCAAAUGGUUGU